GUCGGUCGGAUUUCCAUAACAGAUGGGCCACUGAGGAUGAUGGGAGAAAGAUGGCGCUGCCCUUACUGAGGUGCUGCGGCUGUAACAGGCCCGUUUCGAUUCUGAUCCGGUACUUCACGUCAAAGUCAUUUUUAGCGAACCAGUCCAAACGACUCGCCCCCUCAGCGUCUGCAGUCUGUGAUGUUCGUCAGUACAGCUCUGAGCGAGGGAGACACAGGCAGAACCAAAAGGUAGUGGUUGUUGGGAUCCCGAACCCCUUCAUCUGGUUCCGAACCCGCAUCUACUUCUUUCUCAUCCGAACUUACUUCGACAAAGAGUUUAGCAUUGAGGAGUUUACGGAAGGAGCCAAACAGGCGUUUUCACACGUAUCAAGAUUGCUGUCUCAGUGUCAGUUUGAGGCUCUUGAGGGGUUAGUAGCUAAAGAUUUAAUAGGGAAGCUUGAGGAAAAAUGUGCUCAAUUGCCUUUGAGUCACCAGAGGGCGCUGUCAGCUGAGUCCGAUGAGAUCAUGUACACUACAACAGGAGAUGUGGGCAUUUACUAUGAUGAUAGCGGGAGGAAAUAUGUAAGUAUUUUGAUGCGGUUUUGGUACUUGACGAGUGCCAGACUUCCUGAUGAGAGUGUGGAGGGAGCAAGAAUAUUCCAGGUUACCAUUGGUGGGGAGGGAGAGAAACCAGAGACCAAGAGAUUGCUGACAGCCAACUAUGAAUUCCAAAGGGAGUUUACCCAAGGUGUGACUCCAGAUUGGAUCAUCACGAGAAUAGAGCACUCAAAACUUCUUGACUAAGUGUUUAGCUUGGAUAGGAGAGUUUUUUUAAUGCUUUUUUGUUUAAUAUUGCUCAUCAUCCCAAAACAUGUAGGCACAAUUCACUAACCCUCACUGGAAAAAAAUAAUUGUCAGCUCCAGAUAUUUUCCAUGGGUAAUAGAAGGUUAUACAUGUAUUGCAUGUAUUGCAUCUCACUCAUAUUAUUAACUGUUUUAAUGUUUGUAAUUUAUGGUUGGCUCCCCAUUGAUCAGUUUGGUCAAUAAAACGUUUUUUUUAAA